AUGGAAGCUUUGAUGCAGAAACUGUCUGUGAAUGCGUUGGUGAUUUUCCAAGCUCCCUGCUUCAAACGCAGCCCUUACCACUCAGGAGGCCGAUUUUUAGAUUUGACGCGCAAGCAGAAAGUGGUAGUGGACGCUCUUCCACCCACUGAUGCUGCCUACGUUCCUUUGAAGCACUCUGUGCAAAAAGGACCGUGCACACCAGGAGAAAUUGCGGAUCUGCAAGGAUUGCAGAAUGGCAACAAGGCUGACUUGACUUGCAAGAUUUGCGACCUCAAUCAUCGCAUCAUCAAAGAAAAUCAGGAGAAGACAGAGCUCUGGGUGAAGGAUGCUUCUGACAAGAGACUCUUGGUUGAAGCUUGGGGUAGAAGUUUUGCAGAGACGUUGCAGGACAUCGGUGUCGACGAAGUGGUAUGCCUCAUGAACUUCUCUUCGGAUCGGGGCUCGGCUUUUGCGGUGAAGCCUGGAGCGGAUGAUGUUCUACGACGCUUCGAAGAGGUGACUCGCGAAGGUGGCGAGAAAAUUUCGGCAUGGUUCCAUCACUUCGACAAAGAUCAGAGCUAUCGCCGCGUGGCGUUCACGAAGGAGUUGCACUGGGUGCUUCGGGCUUCACUGGUGGGAAUCGACUAUCGAGAGUUCGACAAGGGUCUCAAGGCCAUGCCCGGAGCCCGCGAUUCCCUGCAUCCGCCACUGGAGGAGCUGAAGUUUGGUGGCCAAAAGGAGGAUUGUGUGAAGCUUUGGCAGACGGGCCGUUCGCUCUCGCCGCCCCCGGCGGCGCUCUCGACCCCGGAGGAGUUGGACGAGGACAACUCCGGCGAGAUCUCCUUCGAAGAGUUCGCGGAGCCCCAGGAGGCCGGGCUGGACGGGAAGGCACCGAGCAUGGAGAUGGUGGAUGGAGAGCAUGGAGAAGUGUCAGCCGCAGCCACGCAUGCUCGGCUUCGGAAGGAAUCCAAUGGGCAGUAG